GACCGUCUCGGCCCCUUCCAACCUCUGUCAGACCGGCGUUCGCUGCAUCACUUUUGGAACGACACUGGCAGCACCAGCAGCGCCGCCACCGUCAUGAACUCGUCCAGGUCCAUGUUUACGUCGCCGCAGCUCUCGAUCGAGGAACAAGAAAUGCUCGUCGUCGUCGCCACCAACGCAUUUCGCAACUUUAUCGAAAGCACGCGGCUCAUCGGGCCGAAAGGGGCACUCUUCAAGUCGGCCAGCAACACGUCUAUCAACCUCGCGCAUGCAUCGCUCUUCCAUGGAUCUACGAUCGUCAAAGGGUGCACGGUUGGUGAUGUCAGUGCGUAUCAUCUCACGGCCAUGACGUCCACCGAGAAUUAUUGCCGUGUGAACCAGUGCAUUGACACCAAACUCCUCUACACUCUUGAAGUGCCGACACCCGACCACCCCCAUCAUUAUCUGGCUCUGCGGUGGUUUGCCAUGGCGUCAUCUGUGCCCAUGGUGAAGCCUCGCGACUUCGUCGUGCUUGAGUACCUAGAUUCUUUCCAAGACGCGCACGGUCGCACCGGUUGGGCGCGUUGCAUCCACUCGAUCGACCAUCGCAGUGCGCCGUCCUUGCUCGAGUCCCAUGGCUACGUUCGUGGCAACAUUCAAAACUCGGGCAUUGUCGUCUACCACGACGACGUCGAAUCGAUCUCUCGUGCCAACAUCAUGUUGCUGUGCGACAAAAAGACGUCGAUGGCUUCCAAGCUUUUUGUCAAGUCCAUGAUCCAAGGCAUGUUCAAGCACUUUGACACUCUCAACGAGCGCAUUCAAGUGUAUCGGCACUCGAUGCGAUUGUCCCAGAUUAGCAGCACGGCCUCCGGCGUCCAGAGGUCCCCGCGGUCGCCGUCAUCGCAGUACGGUGACAACGAAAUCGAGACGGCGGACCGCGCCACUCGCAAGCACUGCGUGUUUUGCGCCAAGCGAUUCCACUUGUUUCGACGACCAGAGACCUGCGAAACCUGCCAUCAAGUGGUGUGUUCCAAGUGCAUGCGCCGCAUCACAAAGACGUCCAAGCACAAGGUGUGCAUGUCGUGCUUCAUGCAGCACCAGUGCGGCAACUUGGCGGGCAAUCCUUUCACGGACUGCCUGUGGAUGGGAGACAGGUCGAACCGACCGUCGUGGGCACAAUCGCAAGCGAGCGCAAGUCCCAGUCUUGUCCUGCGGUCAUCCUUUGCGUCCACCGUCGAGCCCGCGUUUAACUUGUACGACUAGUUGGGUGGUGCGAAUUUGUCGUAAAAUACAAUGCUGUACAUUAACACUCACGACUGGCCCGAUCCGUCGGGGGCGACGGCUCCGAGUUCUCCCCUGGCCAAACUGUCGA